AUAAAAAACCAAUAGUAUUUGAGGGGAAAAUACUAUCUUGCUGCUGUUUUGAUAGCUAUGGAGUAGGAAAAAAAUGUCAUUACGUUUAAACCAAGCUGUUUGGUUUUUUUUUUUCUUUUUCUGGAAGAGUCUACUUCAACAUAUUUCUUCCAAAGCCUAAUGCAUUUACAGAAAGAUUAAGUCACAAUGUGAAAUACUAAUAUUGAGCUCUCAAGUAGCAGCAUUUAAAUAAAUGUUAAAUUCCAAUUCCAAAGUGGUUGAUAUUUUGAGAAGAGAGGAUUCCAUUAUUGCACCUUUUAGGAACAAGGAAUUAGAAAAAUGGCAUUUUUCAAAAGUUUUCAGCAGAAUCUGCCUUCAGUGUCUUCUCUGAUGGAAACGAUCAGUAAUGCUGUAGACGAUUUGACCACUGCUGUUGGGGAAGUCAGCUGUGCUUUAACUGACUCAGUUGCUGAACAGGUAACGAGUAUGAUAAAUGGCUUUCGCCCAGAAGAGGAAAGCUCUGUAGCAGCAGAAACUGUAGAUACUUCUAAACAAGAAAAUGCCAUGUUACCAGAAGUUUCCAAAAACACUAAUUGUCAGAAAACACAAUCCAAUUUAGAGCACAGAGCAAAUCAAAUAAAUUAUUACAAUACUUCAGUUUCACAAAAGCAAGAUCAAGGAGUGAAUGAAGAAGGAGUUUUUAAAUAUGUUAAUGAUAGACAACAGACUCUGCUGGAACACCAAGAAGCAGAUAAUGCUGGUGAGUCUUUGAAAGGCCACACGAGUGAUGGUGGGAUAUCAGGUAUCAAGCAGAACGCAAGGGCUGGAUCCACUUGUCAAGAGCUUGAAUAUACUGACAGAUGUAAACCAAUUGGAUUGGGAAUAUCCAGUAAUGGUAAGAAUGAUUUAAAGGAGCUAGGAUAUCAAGAAAUGAAAGAAAAUCAUUUAAAGAAAUUUGAAAAACUUAGUAAAAGUGAAGGAUCCACAGGAAAUGAGUGUUCAGGAAAUGAAUGUUCUCCAAGAGAUAUUUUGAUAAACAAUAGACAUACGAUACAGAAAUCCAUUAGGAAAGAAGAUACAGGUCCAGCCUCAUCAUCUAGUUCUAGAGAUGAGUUACAUGGAAAAAUCAAGGAACAAAUACAUCCAGCAAAAUGCUACAAAGUGAAGGGUGGCAUAGACACCAAGAAAAAUGAAGCCAUUUCUGCCAACAAAGGAAUAGCAAAGAGUAAGAAUGAGAAAUAUUCUAGGAUAAUACUACAAAAAGAUAAUUCCUACAUGGACAAAGAUGAACAUGGUUCAUCGUCCGAAAGUGAAGAUGAAGCACUGGGUAAAUACCAUGAGGCCUUAUCCAGGACGCACAAUUCCAGACUCCCACUGGCAGAUUCUCGACAAAAGAACUAUACUUGGGAAACAAGACAAAAAUACAGUCCACUAUCUGCAGAGUAUGAUGGAUACAGUAGUGAAGCAUCAAUAGAUGAAGGAAACUGCAUUCAGAGAAUGAGAAGAACACCCCCACUGGAUGAACUUCAGCCACCACCAUAUCAGGAUGACAGUGGCUCUCCCCACCUCUCAUGUACACCCUCAGAAAUUGGGGACAGUAAAUGUGAAUUUUCCCACUGCAGCAACAGCCCGAGAUGCUCAUAUAACAAGUGCCCAAGUGAAGGCAGCACAGGUCAUGAAAUAGAAAGUUUUCAUAAUAAAGGAUACGAAGAAGACGUUCCGAGUGACAGCACGGCAGUCCUGAGCCCGGAAGAUAUGUCAGCUCAAGGAUCAUCUUCACAGCUUCCUAAACCUUUUGAUCCCGAGCCAGAAGCUAAAUAUGGCACACUGGAUGUGACUUUUGACUAUGACUCACAAGAACAGAAGCUUCUGGUGACAGUGACAGCUGUCACAGAUAUCCCAGCAUAUAACAGGACAGGUGGCAACUCAUGGCAAGUACACCUUGUUCUUCUACCUAUAAAGAAGCAGAGAGCAAAGACCAGCAUCCAGAGAGGACCGUGCCCUGUCUUCACAGAAACAUUCAAAUUUAAUCAUGUUGAAUCUGAGAUGAUUGGAAAUUAUGCAGUUCGGUUCAGACUGUACGGGGUACAUCGCAUGAAAAAAGAAAAGAUUGUGGGGGAAAAGAUUUUUUAUUUGACAAAAUUGAAUCUUCAAGGGAAAAUGUCAUUACCUGUGAUACUGGAACCUUCUUACAAUCAUUCUGGCUGUGACUCCCAAGUGAGCGUGUCAGAAAUGUCCUGUAGUGAAAGUACCUCCUCAUGUCAGUCUCUUGAACAUGGCUCUGUUCCUGAAAUUCUCAUUGGCCUGCUUUAUAAUGCCACAACCGGAAGACUAUCAGCAGAAGUGAUAAAAGGCAGCCACUUCAGAAACUUGGCAGCAAACAGACCACCCAAUACAUAUGUUAAAUUAACUCUCCUGAAUUCCAUGGGGCAAGAGAUGUCCAAAUGCAAGACAUCCAUCCGCAGAGGGCAGCCAAAUCCAGUAUACAAGGAGACUUUUGUCUUUCAAGUGGCCCUAUUUCAACUUUCUGAUGUGACGCUCAUUUUGUCUGUGUAUAACAAACGCAGCAUGAAAAGGAAAGAGAUGAUAGGCUGGAUUUCUUUAGGUCUGAAUAGCUCUGGAGAAGAGGAACUCAAUCAUUGGACUGAAAUGAAAGAGUCGAAAGGACAGCAGGUGUGUAGAUGGCAUGCUUUACUAGAGGCUUGAGGGACGGCAGGUGAACGAGCAGUUACAACCCGAGGCAGCAGCAUUUCUGAUCAUGACAUUACUGUGUCCACCUAGUCACCUUUAGAAGAGCUGUUCUUUGAAGAAUUGUCUUCAGCCCUCUACCAAAAUGCUUUAAAUUCUGCGGGAAGAACACCCAAUACUGACAUAAAUGAAGACAACGUGUGUCUCUGGUAGAGCUUGUUUGGGAAAAUGAGAAACUUAUAUUACUGUGAAACUCACAGUCCUCCAGAGCUUGGAGAAAAUGCUUUUGAAGUUCAUUUUACAUUCACAAAAAAGCGAAUACUUUCAUGAAAAAUCACAAUUACAAAUGCUUUAAAAAAUCAGAAUUUUUAGUUGCAACACUAUUUUCGUGUCACCCUACAUAGUAUCCAUAAAACAUAGUUCUGACUGGCUUGUCCCUAACGUUUAUAAUGUUCUAUAGUCUGAAAAAGCACUUCUCCAAUUCUUUCGUAAGUCUUAUCUAAUGAUCUAAUGGUGAGGGGUUUCAGUCACUCUGAAAAUUGCUUUAUUUCAGAUAUUUUCCCUGUGUGCACUUAGUUUCAGUGUGCCUCAUUUCUUCUCAAUAGCAUUUUCAUAACUGAAGUUUUGUAUGUUAUUUUUUUAAAAAGCUCAUUUCUUCAUUUGCCUCUGCUUUUGCCUGAUUCAAAGAGACCAAGUCAGUGCACUGGUCCCUUGCAAGUCUUUUAGACAGGUUGUACUGUAGAACUAUGUAACUUUCUGUUGAAAGCACUUCCUGUAUUCUUGUAUUCCAAUGUAGGAAGCUAAUAGAGCAGGACUUGACUUUAAAAUUUCUUUCAAUGAUUGACUCUUUAAAAUUGUAGCAAUGUGAAAACACAUUUUUUACGAACUAAAUAAUCAAUAGAAAAGCUGUUGAAAAUUGAAAACAAUUCAAGUUAAAGAAAAUUUUAAUUAUCUGCUCUGAGUAUUUAGUAACCAACACUGCAUAAAGCAGGUAGCAUUCAAAUAAGAAACUUCUCUCUCUAAAUCUUCUUCACACUUACUUCAAUUUGUAUUUGUGCUAUAAGGACUCUCCAGUUCUCGAUUUGAAUCAGAACAUCUAAAACAGUUCUGAGAUUCCUUAUGAAGUUUUUAGUGACUUGUGACUGGAUUUUAUGAAAUUUACAGAUACUUUCUCCAACGUGAUGUCAUCCUGUGCCUUCCAUGUAAGUUAAAUUUGCUCAUACGGCUUGAAAGUUGUAUUUGCAAAAUCAGGCCUUCGAUUUUUAUAAAUGUAAAGAUUCCUCAGAACAGUGUCACAAGAUCUUUAUUUCCUCUGAAGUGUGUGAAAGUCAUAUAAUGUGCUGUUAUUUUUUAAAUGGCAAGGCAUUUUCAUUUAUUGUUUUUCUAUUUAAGAACUCUGGUUAAUCAGGAAUAUUAUAAGCUGUUUUCUUCUUAAUUUUGCUUCUUACCUGACAUAUAAUUUUAUGCAUAUACUUUAUUAAAUACAAUGUUUUUAUAUAUAUGAAAAAUAUUUUCAUUUUUCUCUUUCUAAUUUCUAGUUAAACAAGACAAAAACAUACUAUUUAGCAGUUACUAAAAAAAUAGUGUAUCAUUGUUUCUAGUGCCAGCUAAGUAUGUAUUAUGUAUUAUUGUAAGCUAGAACUCAUUAUUACCAUAAAACAAAACCGUGCAUAGGUAUUACUACUUCAGCCUGGCUGUACUAAAAGGCCUUAAAAGAAAUCCAAGAAGACAGUGAACUCCUAAUAUUUUUUAGUUUAAAAAAUGGCAGCUCUAUGCAUUCAUACACAGGAAUUAUAAAAUACAAAUGCUUUAAUGGGUGACAUGAGGUUUAGGAAUGUGUGUUAUAGAGUUGCAUUAAAGGGAAAAAUCCAUUCUUCAAUUGUUACAUUAAUGAGCCAGCCUUUUCCAGGUUUCUUUAUGAAUGAGUUAGGUUAUAAAGUUAGAACGUGAAUCAGAUGGCAAAAUAUCUCAUGCAAGUAUUUUGAGCAACAGUAUGGAAAGAGAUUUGAAGAGGGUGGGGGGUGUAGAUUUUACUGUGAAAUUGAAUUUAGGCAUUUGAUAGUACAAGGAUCUUUGAAACAGCUGACUGCAUUGGUAACAACUGGGAUCUUCUUAAUAAAAGGAGUUAUCAGUUUUAUUAGUAGCUGUAACAAAGCCUAAUCAAACACAUAAGAUUGGUUUGGUGCUUUCUCCUUCAGUGAGGAAAAGACCUAACUAGCUGUCAUUUGUUUUAAAUCUGUCUUUCUUGAGGCUAUGCCCAGAAUUUGUGUGCUUUGGUAUAAGGGGUUUAUCUGGUAUAAGUAUCAAAACCAUUAUGGCCUAAAAUUAAUCAACAAUUUUAAAAAAUUUUAAGAAAGACCCUACCUCCACCCCAGCUGCCUCAAAGAUUAUGAAUUAUUUAUGUGUGUAUCUGUAUGCACACACAUGCCUACACACACACAACGUAUGUAUGUGUGUGUGUAUAUGCAUAUUAUAUGUAUGUGUGUGUGUCUGUAUAUAUACACGAAUACACAUUUGUAAAGGUGAAGGUACCCUGGCUUUUUCAGAUAACUAAAUAGAAAAACAUUUAUCAAGUUUAUGGGUUAUUUUUCUCCUCUGCGUAUUUACUAUAAAUUACAUUUGGUUUUGGGUGCUAUUUGCUGUCAUUCUCCUCCACACAUAACAAAAUACGUAUCUUUUUAUCCUGUGGAUUGACACAAUUUAGAAUAGUUACCCCCCAAAAUUUGUCUGUUCUUUUAGAAAAAGAUAAAAUAGGGCUCAAGAGACCCACCUCACUCUACUAACUCUAAUGAACAAGAUAGUACUCCUGCUCCUUCGUGUGCUUGAAUUUGCAUGACAGCUUCAAGGCAAAUCUUAUAUCUCAACAAUUAUAGGAAGUAGGGGCCCACUGGUGGGCAGCAGGUGUUGUCUCAGAAACUUUAGAAAGACAACCCACUUUCUUAUUCUCUUAAAAUCCCCUAAGUUUUAUAACAAAAUGAUAUAGUCCAAAUAUGGCAGUUGACUGGCAUUCAUGAGAGCUCCUGAUCCUGGAAUUAUAGGCUUUGUCUCCCAAAUGAGCUGCAAAAUGUAGUUAUUACUGCCCAGGAAACAAAGUGUAUUUCACAUCAGCAAAGAAUUUGUGUAGUAUAAUAUCCUCUUACCUUUGAGAAGCUUUCUCCUAUUGAUCUUGUAUCUUCUGUACUAUCCACAUUUUGUGUAAAAUCCAUUUGCCUUUUUUCUUACUAUGCAUUCAGUAAAUUCUCAAUAAUGUUUUAUUUAAUGACAAAAAUAAUUAUUUGGACCACAAUUUAAAAAAAAAAGAAAGACUAAUGAAAAACUAUCUAAACUCUCCUGAGUCAUAUGCUCAUGUUUAAAUGUAGGGCCUGAUAGGGCAGUUCCAGCUAGCCUAGUGCUAAUGCCUUCUGCUGUGUGUUAAAUAAUUUUUUUGAUACCGUCAUCUUCACUUCACUUAACAAGUGAAUCAAAAGCAUAACCAAUGACUGCAAGCUAAGAUAGCACCAGUAGGAGAGGUCAUAGAUUUGAAGGUGCUCUUCAAGAUGAAGAUGGGAGACCAAAUGUUAUAAUUUUUUAAGUGAACUGAAAGGUAGGCUGUUCGGAGAUGUAAAUUUUUAGAUACAGUGAGAACAGUUGUCACCAACACAUUUUUUCAAGGUCUUUAUCCAGGUAUGAAUGGAAGUGCCACCAGUCCACUUGCAUAAAAUUUCCAUUUGCCUGCAGAGACUGGAUGUGUCGCUGAUACUUAUUAUUUCACACUGGUAGUUAUGCACAAGUUUUUAUUUCAUAGCUCUUCCCCAUUCACUGGCCCCGGUUCUCCCUCUGGCCUGUAGUGGAGGUAGGUGUCAGUAUCAUGAGUAAUCAAACUCAGUAUUGAGUAUGAGGACAAACAUGCUGAAGCAUUUUUUUUUUCAUUAACUUUAAAACAUCAUCUGUGCCCACUACAAUUUACUAAGAUCUAGCACAGUAAUUAGUUAUUUUGUUUGCUUCUCACAACAAUACUAUGAUGCAAGUAAUAUUAUCAAUAUUUUAUACAUGAAUAAAUUGCAGCAGGGAUGUUAAGCAGACUUGCCCAAGGUCAUCCAGUACGGAAGUAGCAGACCUGGGAUUAGAACCCAGGUAUAAAUUACUCUAAAAUCUAUACUGUGCAUAUUGCAGUGGCAUCCCUUUUUACCAGUUGCAAGAAAAAGUUUAGGUAACAUUAUAUUCAUCAAUACUGCCAUCCACCUUAACUGAAUGGCAGAACUAUAAAAGGAGAAAAAACAAACAGACUUGGGGAAAGAGAAAUACAAAACAAAGAAGAAGAAAAGAUCAG